CGAAUUUAGUUAAACCCUUUUGUAAUUCGUAAUAAAAUAUAUAUAAAGGAAAAUUAGUUCUAAUAACUGAUCAACAAUUGACGAAUAAUGGAUCCUUUCGAAAUACUGUGCGGCAUUGCAGUCGCACUCAUUGUUCUUUAUUAUUAUUUUACAUCAACCUAUGAUUUUUGGAAUUCACGCGGCGUUCGUGGACCACAACCGUCAUUACUAUUUGGUACUGUUAAAGAUGUUAUGCUUACAAAAAAGGCCAUGGGACAUUACUUAAAGGAAGUAUACGACGAAUACAAAGAUGAGUCUAUGAUUGGAAUAUUUCUUAGGAAAACGCCCAUUCUUAUCGUAAAAAUACCAGAAUUGAUAAAAGAUGUGCUUAUCAAAGAUUUCUCCAAGUUUGCCGACAGAGGCUUCACCGUUCUAGAAAAGGCUGAGCCGCUGUCGCAACAUCUUUUUCUUUUAGAACCUAAGAGAUGGCGACCUUUAAGAACAAAUUUAUCGCCUGUUUUUACAUCUGGGAAAUUAAAGGAAAUGUUCUCUUUAAUAUCAGAAUGCGCCGACCAUCUUGAGAAAUAUAUUGAAAAAUUGGCAAAUAUAAAGGAGCCUGUAGAGUGCCGCGAACUGACAGCCAAAUAUACGACCGAUGUUAUUGGAACCUGUGCCUUUGGCAUCGAAAUGAAUGCUAUGUCGAACGACGAUAGUGAAUUUCGCAGAAUGGGAAGACAAGUAUUCGCUCCAACUUGGAAGAACAUAAUACGAACGAGAAUUAGAUCAAUUAUACCAAGUCUUUACAAUAUGCUUGGAUACAUUCUACCACAAAAUGAAGUAACCAAAUUUUUCACACGCGUUAUCGUAGAAACCUUGGAUUACAGAGAAAAGAAUAAUGUCAUUAGACAUGAUUUCGUUGAUAUGCUGCGUGAAUUAAAAAAACACCCAGAAAAACUAGGAGAUAUUGAUUUGACUGACAGUUUGAUAGCUGCUCAAGCAUUUGUAUUUUUUAUUGCUGGCUUUGAAACUUCUUCAACAACUAUGAGUCACGCGCUAUACGAAUUAGCUAUAAAUCAGCACAUACAAGAUAAAUUACGCAAGGAAAUUGAUCAAGAAUAUGCAAUUCAUGGCAGCAACUUAACGUAUGAUAACGUUAAAAAAAUGAUUUAUUUAGAUAAAGUUUUCAAAGAAACUUUACGAAAAUAUCCCCCGCUUACAUUUCUUAUGAGGAAAUCAGUAUCAGAUUAUACUUUUGAUGGUACUAAAGUCUCCAUACCAAAAAACCAAAGCGUAUGGAUUCCGUCUUAUGCAAUUCAUUACGAUCCAAGCAUUUAUCCAGAGCCAGGUUUCGAUCCAGAAAGAUUUACUGAGGAAGCUGAGCGAUCUAGGCACGCAAUGUUUUAUCUACCUUUCGGCGACGGCCCGAGGAAUUGCAUUGGUGCUCGCUUUGCUGUUCAUCAGACUAAAAUUGGACUCAUAAAAAUGUUACGAAAUUACAAAGUUGAAACUUGUGAGAAAACACGAAUACCUUAUAAAAAUGACCCCAAGGCAUUCUUGUUAGCACCAAUAGAUGGAAUACAUUUAAGAAUAACUAAAAUCGAACGAAUUUAUAUUCAGAUAAUGGAUCCUUUCGAAAUACUGUGCGGCAUUGCAGUCACACUCAUUGUUCUUUAUUAUUAUUUUACAUCAACCUAUGAUUUUUGGAGUUCACGCGGCGUUCGUGGACCACAACCGUCAUUACUAUUUGGUAAUGUUAAAGAUGUUAUGCUUACAAAAAAGGCCAUGGGACAUUACUUAAAGGAAGUAUACGACGAAUAUAAAGAUGAGUCCAUGAUUGGAAUAUUUCUUAGGAAAACGCCCAUUCUUAUCGUAAAAAAUCCAGAAUUGAUAAAAGAUGUGCUUAUCAAAGAUUUCUCCAAGUUUGCCGACAGAGGCUUCACCGUUCUAGAAAAGGCUGAGCCGUUGUCGCAACAUCUUUUUCAUUUAGAACCUAAGAGAUGGCGACCUUUAAGAAUAAAUUUAUCGCCUGUUUUCACAUCUGGGAAAUUAAAGGAAAUGUUCUCUUUAAUAUCAGAAUGUGCCGAUCAUCUUGAGAAAUAUAUUGAAAAAUUGGCAAACAAAAAGGAGCCUGUAGAGUGCCGCGAACUGACAGCCAAAUAUACGACCGAUGUUAUUGGAACCUGUGCCUUUGGCAUCGAAAUGAAUGCUAUGUCGAACGACGAUAGUGAAUUUCGCAGGAUGGGAAGAAAAGUAUUCGCUCCAAGUUGGAAGAAGAUAAUACAAUCGAGACUUAGAUCAAUUAUACCAAGUCUUUGCAAUAUGCUUGGAUACCUUCUACCACAAAAUGAAGUAACCAAAUUUUUCACACGCGUUAUCGUAGAAACCUUGGAUUACAGAGAAAAGAAUAAUGUCAUUAGACAUGAUUUCGUUGAUAUACUGCGUGAAUUAAAAAAACACCCGCAAAAACUAGGAGAUAUUGAUUUGACUGACAGUUUGAUAGCUGCUCAAGCAUUUGGAUUUUUUGUUGCUGGCUUUGAAACCUCUUCAACAACUAUGAGUCACGCACUAUACGAGUUAGCUAUUAAUCAGCAAAUACAAGACAAAUUACGCGAAGAAAUUGAGCAAAAAUAUGCAAUUCAUGGCAGCAACUUAACGUAUGAUAACGUUAAAAAAAUGAGUUAUCUAGAUAAAGUUUUCAAAGAAACUUUACGAAAAUAUCCCCCGCUAACAUUUCUUACGAGGAAAUCAGUAUCAGAUUAUACUUUUAAUGGUACCAAAGUCUCCAUACCAAAAAACCAAAGCGUAUGGAUUCCGGCUUAUGCAAUUCACCACGAUCCAAGCAUUUAUCCAGAGCCAGAUGUUUUCGAUCUAGAAAGAUUUACUGAGGAAGCUGUGCAAUCUAGGCACGCAAUGUUUUAUCUACCUUUCGGCGACGGCCCGAGGAAUUGCAUUGGUGCUCGCUUUGCUGUUUAUCAGACUAAAAUUGGACUCAUAAAAAUGUUACGAAAUUACAAAGUUGAAACUUGUGAGAGAACACGAAUACCUUACGAAAAUAAUCCCAACACAUUCUUCUUAACACCAAUAGAUGGAAUACAUUUAAGAAUAACUAAAAUCGAACGAAUCUAGUUCAAACCCUUUUGUAAUUCGUAAUAAGAUUUAUAAAUGUAGGAAAAAAUAUAGUAAUAUAAAUAGUAAUAUAAAUUGA